UCUACGCACCCGCCUGCGCCAACGAUGGCGCCUCCUCAAAGUUGUUCCGGCGGCGCCUCGAAGUUGUUCUGUCGCCAUGUCUACCAAUGGCUUAGAGUUAAAUAGGGCCAUUGACGAAGAUGCGGUGUGAAGCUCUCCAGUACUGCCGCUGGAGUCUCAGGAUUCCAUGAGCGCUGUAGGUAUGGAGGCGGUCGCCGCCGGCGAGCCACAGGCCAUCGGAAAGGGAGCCACAUAUGACGUUUGCUCCGAGGCGACCAGCGGCUGGACGCGAAGGGUUAGGAUUGGGAAGGCACCUGAGGAGAGGGAGAUGAACCCUGAUAGGAAAACAGCACUUGAAUUGUCAGUUCGCGCUUAUGCAGAGACAAAAUCUGGGCCAGUCAUCAAUCCAACAAUUGGCACAUCUUUUGACUCAUUGGAUGAAGCAUAUGAGUUCUACAACCUCUAUUCAUGGGAAUAUGGUUUCGGCGUGAGGCUUGCGAAAAGCAGACUGAAUGUUAAUCGGAAGAGAUGUAUGCAAGAAAUACUGUGUGCUUGUGCGGGCAAACCAAUGAGGGAAAACAGUCGAUCAUCAAGGUGCGGGUGUGAAGCCAUGAUUAGAUUGCUCCGUUCAAAUGACAACGGUUGGUACAUAUCAGAGUUCAAAUCUGGCCAUAACCACCCGCUGUCUGUGACAUGUGGAGAAAAAAUGCAUUGAAAGUCACACAGGCACAUCGAUAGGUACACGAAGGAUCUGGUGAAACAACUCCGCGAUAACAAUGUUGGUCUUGGGAAGGUUUUCAGCAUUGUUGGGAGUUUUUUUGGCUCAGUUGAAAAUGUGCCAUUUACAAAACGUUCAUUGAAGACACUGUGCAGGAAGCUGAACAAGGACCAGUCAGACUCUGACGCUAUGAAAACAAUGGAAAUUCUGGCUGAUAUGAAAGCAAAUGAUCCUGACUUCAAUUACACCGUGCAAGUAGAUGAAGACAGCAGGAUAAAAACACUCAUGUGGGUUACGAGUAGGGGGUGCGAUCAUUAUCGGUAUUUCGGUGAUGCAAUUACAUUUGACACAACAUACAGGACCAACCUAUAUGACAUGCCGUUUGGUCUCUUCGUUGGUGUCAACAAUCACUUUCAGAGUAUAAUCUUUGGAGGGGUCAUGAUGAGAGAUGAGAAAGAAGAAUCUUUCAAGUGGGUGUUCCGAGAGUUCAUACGUAUGGUUGGUGGGAAGCAUCCACAAACUAUACUUACAGAUCAAGUGCGCUCUAUGGAAAUUGCAAUCGAGGCAGAAAUGCCAAACACAGUACAUCGUUGGUGCAAGUGGCAUGUCCUGAAAAAAGCGAAAGAGUCAAUGGGUGUGCUUUGGAGCAAGAACAGUGAAUUCAAAAUGGAGUUUCACAAGCUUGUUCAUCACAUGACCACGGAAGAGGAAUUUGAGCAAGGGUGGCAGCAGAUGUUGGACAAGUACUCACUCAAGAAACAUCUGUUUCUGACACAGAUAUACGAAGUCCGGCAUAAAUGGGCUAAACCAUAUUUUAUGGGUGUCUUCUGUGCUAAAAUGACCAGCGCCCAAAGGAGUGAGAGCGCAAAUCACCUUCUGAAGGGGUACGUGCCUCCAGGGUGUCCAAUGCAUCUGUUCCUCAAGCAGUUUGAGAAGCUUCAAUUUGACCGGCAAUCUGAAGAAAGCUUCCAGGAGAAAAGAACAUCACUGGUAAAAAAACUCCAUACGUUGCCCGUACUUUCUGACGGCUUGAAACAAGUUUUUCAGUACAUACCCUCCCCAGUUCCAACUCUUGAUCUUGCUAAUGUCAUUAAGUGCAGCCCAGAAAUCUAUGGAUAUAUAAUCAUGUUUGGAGGUUGGAGCCAGCACAUGACCGAUUAUAAAAAUAACAAAUGCAAUCUUGAAACAGUCCUACUAUACUUGGGAGGACGCUUCUGAUAUAGCUCCAAGCAAAACAUUUUCAGCUGCUUUUAGGCUAUGUGUGCCUUUGUCGCUGAAUGUUACUGCCAUUCGGGUGUACUCGAUCCAGGCUUCUGAUGGCUCGACACCUUCGCCGUUUAUAUCGAAUUCACCGGAGGGGAUGCCAAAAACAUAAUUAAGCUUCUGUUCGAACAGUUCAAGCACGCCCUGUUCAUCAAGGUUGAUUGUGCUGGAUUCUACAUGCACUCGGUCC